CCAUGGUCUCCCUGGACGAAGAAACCAUUGAUGACAUCCUCUACUUUGCGCGCGCAAACGAAGCGUCUGAGCUCUCCACCCUCCUCACUGACCUCGCCACAACGACCAAAGCCUCCCAAGCCGAUAUAUUAGCUGCUGUUAUUGAUUCGAACUCAAAGAAUAGUCCUCUGCAUUAUGCGGCUGGAAAUGGACAUGAUGAAAUCGUUAAAAUCCUCCUCUCCACCCCCUCGCCUAUCCUCAACGCUACAAAUGAGUCUGGAAACACAGCAUUACACUGGGCAUCCUUAAACGGGCAUCUCCCGAGUGUCAAGUUACUCGUUGAAGCAGGCGCCGACGUGACGAUCAUCAACAGCGCAGGGCAUGACGCGGUGUUCGAGGCGGAGAUCAAUGAUAAGAAUGACGUUGUGGACUGGUUGCUGGGGGCUGUAGAGGCGCUGGAGAAGGGCGUUGGAGGAGCUGGGGACGGAGAGAUAAGACUUUCUGCUGGGAAUGUCGAGGAGAGUGGAAACGUGGAUGUGAACGGAGAUGACAGGGAGAAGGAUACUGAGGAGGUUAGAAAAGGGGUGGAGGGCAUGAAUACAGGAAGUGGGGAUCCAAAAGAUGGUUGAGUCAAAAAGAGAGGUUGACUAUGGGUUCAUGAUAGGUUGCUGGCAUUCCUCCCAGUUAGGCUGGUCGAGUGACUGCUCGAACACGAUGAGAUAGGCGCAAGAAUCAUCAUCAUCGGGGGAGGGAUUACUUGUGAGGUGUACGAUGAUCGGAGGAGCGAAGAACCCAUUGCUGGGGAGUCAAGACGUGUGGAAGAUCGAUAGUAUUUGCAUGACUGCGGUGCAGAAGGACUAUCCUGGCCUUUCAACAAGGUUUGAAAGUGGCGGAAGCUCUUUCUUGCCAGGAUUGUCAUGGUCAUCUACAUGAGUAGCCUUUGAUAGACGGAUAGGCUGUCGUGCAAAUGUCGAUCAUGUUGCAAAAAGAAUCGGACAACUGUUACACGUGGUUCCUCCGUGAUUGCUUUCAUCCAGGACCAAAAUCCAGAAAUUGAUGCCACACCCUACCUUGAACGCCAUACAUGUUACAUAUUUAUGU